CUCUCGGAGGGUGAUGUUCAAUGAUUGGCUAAGGUGGGGCAUGGGAGACUGGACGCUGGCAUUUCUGAUCCGUGUUCAUGUUUAGACUACACCCUUUGCACACCCACGGAGCAGAGAGGAUGGACGGCGCGCGCCGGGAGUGUGAAAAGCCUCGAGCUCUGACAUAAUAACCGGUGGCGGUGGAAGCGGCAGUAGCAGCGGACUAGAGACGACCAAGAGCAGGGUCAAUACUUUUUUAUCGUUUCAACGGGCGAAGUUGACUAGUGCUGAAGUAGAGCAGCAGCUACAGUUUUCCUCUUUGUUUUCAUACAUUUAUUUUAUUAUUGCUCUGCCUCAAAUGUUAAAAGAUACGGAGCUCUGGCUGAUAUAAGUCUAUGGAACUUUCUUAAUAUGACUUGUCCUGCCAGCACUUAUUUUAUGGUUCGCAUUUACCCCUGAACGCGAGUGGAGUUGGAUGUGAUAAUAUAUGGGACAUUGUUCCAUAAAGUUAUUCAUUUAGUUUAUCCUGCGUUAUCGGUGAUAUGUGUCUUAUCCACACAGACUUCUAUUGGAGGAACUCAUAGCAAUAAAUAACAUCGUUUUUCUUUUUACGGGAUUGUAUUUAUUUAACCCAUGUUGAUUUAUUUAUUCCAGUAACCUAAACUACAUCUAGCCGACCCAAACAAAUAUUUGGACACCGUUUAUAUUUUGGAGAAUGAUUUGUCAUUGAGAAAUUAUAUUUUUUUUAAAGGACAGACAGCCUACAUUGAAGAGAGUGGAUUGGCGAUAUCCAGGGGCAUCGAGAGCACCUGGGACAAAUCGCGGUGGCGUAACCCGGUAAAGAUGCUCACUUUUUGGAUGCAGCGUGACCAAUGCCUCUGUCUUCUACUUGUUGUCACCAGUGGAUAUCUCGUCUCUGAUGCUGAGAGCAGUGACUACAGCGAGGUGAUAUCCGACUCCUUCCCCUCCGCCCCGGCAGAACCUCUCCCAGAGUUCCAGCUGGAACCCGAGGAUGGGUUCGUCGUAAAGAACCGUCCGGUGCAGCUCCGCUGUAGGGCCGCCCCCGCUACGCAGAUAUACUUCAAAUGUAACGGAGAGUGGGUCAACCAGAACGAUCAUGUGACCAAAGAGAGCCUCGACCAGAUCACAGGCCUGGUGGUGAGGGAGGUGGAUAUCUCUGUAUCGAGGACCCAGGUGGAGGAACUGUUUGGUCUGGAGGACUACUGGUGUCAGUGUGUUGCCUGGAGUUCGGCAGGCACCACCAAGAGUAGCCGGGCGUACGUCCACAUCGCAUACCUGCGUAAGUCCUUUGAACAGGAGCCUCUGGGUCGAGAGGUGAGAUUGGAGCAGGAGGUGUUGCUGCAGUGUCGUCCCCCUGAGGGUAUUCCCCCUGCUGAGGUUGACUGGUUAAAGAAUGAGGAAACCAUAGACCCAGCUCAGGACUCUAACUUCCUGCUGACCAUGGAUCAUGACCUCAUUAUUAAACAAGCCCGUCUCUCUGACACGGCCAACUACACCUGUGUGGCACGUAACCAUGUAGCCAGGAGACGCAGUAGUACCGCCACGCUUAUCGUCUAUGUGAGUGGGGGCUGGUCUUCGUGGACUGAGUGGUUGGAGUGUAACGCCCACUGUGGGCGGGGCUGGCAGAGACGGACACGCAGCUGCACCAAUCCCGCUCCUCUAAACGGGGGAGCCUUCUGCGAGGGCCCGCCUACUCAGAGAAUUACAUGCACCACUAUAUGUUCAGUGGACGGAGGCUGGACAGAGUGGGCCAAGUGGUCAGUGUGUGGGACAGAAUGUACCCAUUGGACAAGCAGGGAGUGUCAGGCCCCCCCGCCCCGAAACGGAGGACUCCACUGUAGUGGGAGCAUGAUGGAGAGCAAGAACUGCACCGGCGGACUCUGUACACGCACGUUGGACCAUGGUAUUGGUGUAACGGUGUAUGCCGGCCUGGUGGGGGCGCUGUUACUCUCUGUGGUGCUGGUGCUGUGUGUCGGGGUGUUGGCAUACCGACGCAACUGUCGCCAUCUCCACGGUGAUAUCACUGACUCCUCCUCCGCCCUCACCGCCGCCUUCCACCCCGGCAACUACAAACCACCCAGACAGGACAACCCUCACCUCCUCCGCCCCUCUGCGCCCCCGGACCUGACAGCCACAGCAGGUACCUUCAGGGAUCCUCUCUUCUCCCUGCGGCAGGGUGCCAACGAUGGUCACCACAAGAUCCCCAUGACAACGUCUCCCCUGCUGGACCCCUUUCCCAGCCUCAAGAUCAAGAUGUACAACUCGUCUACCCUGUCAUCCCUGGAGCUACCAGCAGAGGGCCGCGGAGACGCUGAGAUCCUCGGCCUGAAACACGUGGGCAUGGGCGGCACCAUGGGCAGUACUGUGGCAUGGGACAGAGAUGGGUACCACCACGGCGGUCAUCAUACAGUGGUCAGAGAGCCUGGCCACAGCACCUCCGCUACCCUGGGCAACCUGGGGGGGCGACUCAUCAUCCCCAACACGGGUGUGAGUCUGUUGGUUCCACCAGGUACUAUUCCACAGGGGAAGUUCUAUGAAAUGUACCUCAUUAUCAACAAAUGGGAGGAAACUACGUUGCCGUCGGAGGGCAGUCAGACAGUGCUGAGCCCGGUGGUGAGCUGUGGUCCAUCAGGCAUGCUACUGAGUCGACCUGUGGUCCUCACUCUGCCACACUGUGCCCAGCUAGAUACCCCAACACCAGACUGGACCCUCACCCUCAAAACACAGACACACCAAGGGGCAUGGGAGGAGGUGCUGACAGUGGGGGAGGAGAGUCUAUCGUCCCCCUGCUACCUCCAACUAGAGGAGUCUAACUGCCACGUGGUGAUGGAGCAGUUGGGGACCUACGGUCUAGUGGGCCAGUCCUGCCCUCCCCAGCCCGCCUGUAAGAGGCUACAGCUGGCCCUGUUCGCCCCCAGAGCCCCUUGUCUCUCUCUGGACUACAUACUGAGGAUUUACUGCACACAGGACACGCCACACGCCCUGAAGGAGGUGUUGGAAUUGGAGAGGAGUCUAGGAGGGGUGUUGCUGGAGGACCCUAAACCCCUGCUGUUUAAAGACAGCUACCACAACCUGCGUCUGUCCAUCCAUGACAUCCCUCACUCACACUGGAGGAGCAAACUACUGGCCAAGUACCAGGAGAUUCCAUUCUACCACAUCUGGAGUGGUGGUCAGAGACCCCUCCACUGUACCUUCAGUCUAGAGAGAGGCAGCCUGGCCGUGUCUCAGCUCACCUGUAAGAUCUGUGUCAGACAGGUGGAAGGAGAGGGACAGAUCUUCCAGCUACACACUGACAUACAGGAGGUAACAGGGGGAAGGGUUUCACUCCUCCCGCCCUGCUCCCCCCUCCCCUCCGCGGGUACCUGCCUGCCCUCCUCCCAGGCGGGACCCUAUGCCUUCCGUCUGCCCACCUCCAUACGACAGAAGAUCUGUGCCAGUCUGGACGCCCCCAGCGCCCGCGGCUGUGACUGGAGACUGCUGGCUCACAGCCUGGACUUCGACAGGUAUCUAAACUACUUUGCAACAAAGCCCAGCCCCACAGCUGUUCUGUUGGACCUAUGGGAGGCCUGUCACCAAGGUGACGCGGACCUGGUGUCCCUGGCGACAGCACUCGAGGAGAUGGGCAAAAGUGAGGUGAUGGUUGUCAUGACGACAGACGGCGACUGCUGAUUAGUCAAGGAGAGGGGGGAGGGGAGCGAGAAAAAAAUAAGUAGGUGAGAAUCUUGCUCAUGUAGAAAGAUAGAAAGAAAAUUAAACCAAUACUUGCCUAUGGAUAUGCACAAGGAUACAGGAUACAUACCCAGCAAAUACCUUGUGGACAGAUCGAACACUCAAAGACUACUAGGAUGAUCUCACCUCUGUCCCAUGGCCCAUCUCCGCUCAGUGUCCCCCUUCAUCAACCUCCCUAUGCCCAGCACACACACCCCAUCCUGGGCUAGCUCUGCUACCCGCUGCCCAGGCUCACCUUGAGGCCUACCUCCCUCGACUGAAGGUGUUAAAGUAUGAGGUGUUUUAACAGAUCAGAAACAAGCUGUUUAUUGGUACAUAACCAACCCCUGCUUGAAGACCUUCAAAAAUACAAUGCCAAUCAAAGUGCACAUGCACACGCACACACACACACACACACACACAGUGAGCGGCAGGCAGUGCGGAUCUGUCUGUCUCAAACCCCUCAGGCUUCUGAUACGCGGACAGACCACCGACAGAGUCACGGACACCGUUACAGACAGACCACAGACAGAGUCACCGGCACGGUUACAGACAGACCACAGACACAGUUACAGACAGACCACAGACACGGUUACAGACAGACCACAGACAGAGUCACCGACACGGUUACAGACAGACCACAGACAGAGUCACCGACACGGUUACAGACAGACCACAGACAGAGUCACCGACACAGUUACAGACAAAGUCUGCUUUAACCUUUACAAUGACGCAGUCUUCAACCUCUUGUAACGAUCAUGAUAACAAUAUUUUAUUAUGCUUUUUGUUGUUGUUUUUUUACUUACAAGACAACAAACAAUCACAUCAGGAAUUAUUCUCUCUAACCCAGCCUUGAUUUCCGUUUUUUUUGUUGUUGUUUUUUCAUUCAGUUUGUGGAUUGAAUUUGGGGAAAGACCCUCCACAUUUGUGUCUACGGUGUGUAAAGGGAUUGUGUUAAAACCUAUGGGGGUCUUGGGAUGGAUGUGGCGGGUGACUGAUUAUCUGGUCUCCGUGUCCAGACAUAAUAAACAUACUAUAAGCCUCGUCAUAAGACUUUCUAAAGUCUUGUACGUGCUAACGUGUGGAUGGGUUGUCAGUCUAGACCGAUUCUUGGCAUAUCAUUUGGAUUUGUCCCAAAUGGCACCCUAUUCCCUAUUAUCUAUUAUAGUGCACUAGGUCCCCUCUUACCUAUGGGCUUCUGGUCAGAACUAGUGCACUAUUGAGAGAAUAGGGUGUUAUCGCUCCUCCUUCUCUCUCUCCAUCUAUCUAUCUUUCUGGUUUUCUCUCUCUCUCUGUCUCUGUCUCUGUGUCUCUCUCUCUCUCUCUGUCUGUCUCUGUGUCUCUGUCUCUGUCUCUGUCUCUCUCUCUCUCUCUCUCUCCAUCUCCCUCUCUCUGUCUCCCUCUCUCCCUCUCUCCCUCUCUCUCUCUCUCUCUCUCUCUGUCUGUCUCCGUCUCUGUCUCUCUCCCUCUUUCUCUCUCUCUCUCUCUCUCUUUCUCUCUCUCUUUCUCUCUUUCUCUCUCUCUCAGUCUCUCUCUCGCUAUCUCUCUCUCUCUCUGUCUCUCUCUCUCUCUGUCUCUCUGUCUCUCUGUCUCUCUCUCUCCUUCUCUCUUCUCUCUCUCUCUCUCUCCUCUCU